AUGAAGAAGCUGAGUGAUGAAGUUGUACGGAGAAAGAAGGAAAAUGUUCAGCAUCAUAAAGAUGACGAUGAGAUUCCUCAAGCUAAAAUCAUAAAUCUUUCUGAACACAUUUGUUCCUUCUUAGAAAUUAAAAGUCAUUACACCCCCGCUUGUACUCAUUUACACGACAAAACAAAGUGGAGAAACAUUAAUACAUGUAAAAUAUGUUAG